UCUUUUUUUCAUUUGUUCUUCCAAGAUAGGUCGAUAUCGUUUGUUGAGAGCAGAAUUAGGAAUGAUCGGGAGUCGUUGGUUCGUUUUUUAUUAUUAUUUUUAUUAUUUCACUGACGUUCGUAUCAUUUCUUUCCGCUGUUCCUUCCGACGUUCGUGAUUCUGCUUCAUUAUUCUCUUGCUCGAUCUUGGAUCGCGAGCUCGUCGUUGGAGCUAUGAGGUUUAUUAGGUAUCUGUUUAACAAAUUCGCGUAUCCAAGCAACGUGCCUGCAACGUAUGUGCAUGUACAUUACUUAUCGAUAAUAGUAGCGAAAUAAAUAAGUUGUUUUUUUCCUAAAAUGUCGAGAGAGAGACAACGAUCCGUGUGCCUGAUUAAAAGAUGGCCGAUCGAUCAAGUUCAAUCAGCGAGAAAAAAAAACGUUACGAGCGAUCAUUCAACGUUGUGGACCAUUAAACAAAAAAAAAAAAAAGAAAAAAUAAGAGAAACGGGAGAUAAUAAAGUCGGAAUAAGAUACUGUCCUAUCGUUAAAUACACGAUAUUCGUGAUGAAACGAGAAAAUAUAAAAUAUGAAAAGAAAAAAAAUAUGGUUUCGUGAACCUUCUUUCCUAACAAAAAAAAAAAAAGAAAAAAAAAGAAAAAAACAUGUAAUUGCAUGGAUGGGUGCGAAGCGUGUCUCGGAGCCACAUCUCAGAAAUAUUUUGUAAUGGCAUUAAGAAAAGCCACAGGCAUACGCAUACACAGACAAACACACAUACAAAAACGAUAUAGAUAUAUAUUUAGAAAAAUUUUUAAACAUAGAAAAACGAGAAGUAUGAAUAUGGAACGUCGUGAUUCUAAACGAAAGAAAUUAAAAAUAAGAAGAGAAGUAAAAAAAAAAGAGAGAAGAAAACGUUGCGAUCUUGAUUUUUUCUUUUAUCGUGAGUGUCAACGUUCGAAAAAGAGGAGAAAGAGCAGAGUGUCGCUCUUAUUUUUUUUAGCGAUCCUAAGCUACUAAGAUUUCUUUUUUUUACUUACCAUUAGAUGCCUAAAAAAGUAUAUAUAUAUAUAUACACAUGUAGGUAAAUAUGUGUGUGUUCGUUUUACAUGUUUGUGAUCUGUUUCGAUAAGAAUUUGCUAUUGAAAUAAUUUCUAAAACCAUUUCUUUCUUUUUUCUUUUCUUUGAAUUAUCUUUCUUCUUUCUCACUCUCUCUCUCUCUCUUUAUUUAUCUAUCUAUAUAUUUAUCUAUCUAUCUUUCUCUUUUUCCUUCUCUGUCUCUUUCUCUUUCUCUUUUUCAUUUUCUUUUCUCUUUAAAUUCUAUUUAGCACCGUGAGAAAUGAACUCUGACGGACUAAGGUAUAUGAUAGCGAUGAGAGAUAGAGAGUAGAACUAAUCUAUUAUUAAUUUACUUGAUUUUUUUUUUUUUUGACAAUCGAUCAUAAUUAAGUAAAACAUUUUGAUGGGACAUUCGAUUCGUUAGAUCUGAGCUGUGGCAAUAUCGCGUUAAAAGAACUUGAAAGUAUGAACUUGUUCGCCUUGAUUCGCGAACAUAACUGAUAUAACGAAACGUAUCAACGAGAGAAAGCUUUUGUUCACUUGUCUUUCUUAUUUUUAUUUUCAUUCUUUCUUUUUCUCUCCUUUUUUAUACAUACAUAUAUAUAUAUGAUUGUACCUCAGACAGGUAAAUAACUAAUUUAAUUAUUUUUUUAACUCUAAAUUCCAGACAGUUCUUUUUCAAAAUAUUACAAAAGAAAGAAAGUGUUAUAUAUAUAUGUGUGUAUGUAUGUAUGUAUUAUUUACAUGGAUAUCCUCUCUCGUUGGUUGACGUGCGUUGUUUGCGUAGACGGAUUCGCACCCGUUUCGUUCGUGCAUCCUCUCUUUUACGUUUGCUAAUUAUCGAGAAUAAAAGAGAUUUAAAAGAACAAAAAGAAAAAAAAGAAAUAAGAAGAAGAAGAAGAAAGAAAUAAGGUGAAAAAAAGAUAUUGCGUAUGUAAUCGAGAAAGUGUAACCCAUAGGUAUACAAUAAUAUUACAUAAUAUACAUACAAUUGUGAUCGUGAGAGUAUCUGUUACGAAUAAAUACAAUUACAAAUAAA